AUGACUUGGAGGGGUCGCUGGAACUCCGAGAGGAGAGGACCUCUAAAGCGGCUCCUGGCUGCGGCUUUGCACAUCCGCCUUACCUCAGCUGCGCUGUGUCCCAACGGCACUGAAGCACCUUGGGCCUGUCACAGCGGUACAGCGGUGGGGAACUGCGUGGCGGGAAGACCUGCCGACCCUUGCCGUUGCCUGGAUGGCUACUACCCUGUCGGCAAGGAAGGCUGGUCCCCCAGCACUGGCCGUGGAUAUGAGUUCACGUGUUGUUUAGGCGACACUGACAACGGCUACACAAGUUGCGGCGAGGACGGCUAUGUGGGCAUCCUCUCUGUCUUGUUGCUGAUCCUCGGCAUCGUUGGCGUUUCUGCGUCCACGCUCACCAUCCGCUACACGAAGAACCUCGAGCCCCUCACGAGCGAAGACCUGUCCAUUGCAGAGGGGAAGAUGCUUGAAAGCGACGGCGCGAGCCUUCACAGAACAGUCGAGAAACACAUGUGGUGUGUGACCCUUGAGGAUCUCAGACAGUUCCGGCGCCUGGUUCGUCACGCGGUCGCGAACGGGGUGAUCAAGCCCACGGACCAAGAUCCGUUUGACAUCUCGGACAGUCGCAUCGGUCCCUCCAUGCACACGGUGAACACGCAGUACAUCAAGCCCGUGACCGCUUUGGCCGGCAAUCCCAGCUGGGCACUGAUGCUCCAUCCCGGAGGCCUAAAGUGCGAUCUCUUCAUCACGCAUGGCUGGGCCGAGGGCGUCUUUGAGUUCGUGGACCAGAUCAUCAACUCCUGGCCCUUCGGAGCAAAAGCCGCGUACGUCUGCUUUCUUUCCAACCCUCAGAACCUGGACAUUGGCGAGAUGAUCCAAAGCCCAGAAGAGUCGCCGUUCGCCAAGGCGCUGCAGUCGGCAUCGCAGGUGCUGGCGGCCCCAAACCACAAGCACAGCAUCUACACUCGCGCUUGGUGUACGUUCGAGGCCUAUCUGGCGUACACCUGGGGUAAGUCAAUCUAUACUGCCACGUCUCCACCACCGAACUUCUGGCCACUUUCCCUGCGGGUGGCAAGUUGGUCUCUACUGACGCUGGGCGUUUUCUUCUGUGUAUUGAUGCACGGAAACAGACAAUGGGCCUUGUGGAGUCCAGAGCAGAUCGCCUUUGUUGCCUAUGCUUUCGGAGCGCUAACGGCGAUGAGUGCCCUGUGUUUUGCUUGUUUGAUGUCGACGGGAAGACAUCACUGGCAGGUCACCGCAGUGGCAGUCUAUGCCUGCAGUUUGUGUACUGCAGGCUACCUGGCAACGAACAUCUUCCAGACAUCUUUCCGGAGGCCACCUUACUUCGUGCCUUUCUUCAUGGCUCCGUUCUGUUUCUGGGCCAUGGAGUGCGAUCGUCUGCUUGGCAUCGAAGCUGCGAAACAAGCCAGGCAGCUGAGACAAGGCUUCACUGGGAAGAUUCGAGAUGCCACCACGACGAACCCCCUCGAUGGCUUGCGGAUACGCGGCCUUAUCGAGCGAAGCGGCUCCGAGAAGGCUGUGGACGAGGCCGUGCAGGUGCUUCUGCGCAUGAACUUGUCGACUCCAGAGUUGCGAAAGGCCACGUCACAUGCCGGGUCUUUGGGAAACGCCUCCAACUGGAGCCGCAGCAUCUUCGCUGCAUGUCUUACCUUCUAUGUGGCGCAGGCCUUCAACACGGCUCUGUGGAGGACCGAGCGAGGUUUUCAAUGGAUCCCUCCUGUUGCUGCAGCUGAAGCUCUCAUCGUCCUUUUUGGCUUCCAACUGCUGCCCCGAGACCGGCGGCCUUUUGCAGAGAGAACUCAAGUGCUUUUCAUGCUUUUCAUUCCAGGAUUUCUUGGACUCAUCGGUGGCAAAUGGUACGAUGCCAUCUUGCAUGGAAUCGCGUGCCCUUUGAUCAUCCUCGUGGCCUUUGCCGGGCCGGCACGCACCUCGCGUCUGUCGGUCCCGGGCCGCAUGCUGGUUCGCUUGCUCUUUGCCCGGAAUCCUUUCGGUUCCGCGGAGUCGGAGAGUCAGGAAGAGCGGGGACCCGAACCAGAAGAAGACUAUGUCUCUGUUUGA